AUGCUAAAGCAAAAACUAAAGGUGCUAAAUAGAAGAUAUUUCAGCAACAUUGUUGAAGAAGCUGAUGCAGAUAGAAUGGCCUUGGCUAAAGCUCAAGCAGAACUUCAUAGGAAUCCAUUGGAUGCUAGCUGCAAGCACAAGAAUUGCAAAAGUUCCAAAAGUUCAAAAGAUCUUCCUACUUGGCAGAAAAGAUUACAAGAAGCUAUAAUUCAAUUAGCUGACAAGUGUGGAAAAAUGAAAUCAGAUCAAGAGGAGAUAGCAGAGAUAUUUUUGGUAAGGCCAUAUACAGCUGCAGAAGUAAAAGCUGCUAUGUUCAGUAUAAGUGAAAGAAAGAGUCCAGGACCAGAUAGCUACAGGAGUGAUUUUUAUAAAGCAUCAUGGUCAAUUGUUGGUGAGGAGGUGACCAAUGCAGUGCCGGAAUUCCUUGACAAUGGGCAACUACUUACUCAGAUAAACUCAACUAGCAUAGCUCUUAUACCAAAAGUGGAGAAUCCCUUACAAGCUAGCCAAUUCAGGCCUAUCUCAUGUUGUAGUGUUCUCUACAAGUGCAUUUCUAAGAUAGUUUGUAAGAGACUUAGGAAAGCCAUUCCACUGAUUGUAGCAGACAUCCAAGCAGCAGUCAUACAAGGAAGAUCUCUCAUUCAUAAUGUACUUAUAUGUCAUGACCUAUUGAGGCAUUACAACAGGAAGACUACUCCAAGGUGUUUGAUGAAGAUUGACCUAAAGAAAGCCUAUGAUAUGGUUAGAUGGGAAUUUCUGAAGGAAGUGCUUAAAGGCUAUGGAUUUCCUAUGCCAUUCAUACAAUUGAUCAUGGUGUGUGUGUACAACAACUACAUUCACAGUAAAAGUGAAUGGUGGAUAUUUUGGAUAUUUUGA